AUGACUCCUUCCAACACUGUUCUCCACGGUUUGGAUGUAAAGGGGAAUCUUGAUCGCUCGCGUGUAGGCACGACGGUUCUUUACAAGGCGCUGUUGGCAGCUCCCGUGGUCCGUUCCCUGGACUGGCGCCGUCAGCCAAAGGCGCUACACAGUAACCAGCAGAUUCGUUCGGCUCUGGUCCAGCAGGUCGGUCUGGUGGUUUCAACCGUUGACAUUUGCAUUUCUUGUGCCAAAGGACACGGUCCCUUUGCAUCCUGUUGCUUCUUCGUGGUUGGGGGUCAACCUGUGUUCAAGGGGGCUUGUGCCAACUGCGGAUUCAAUGGUGGAGCCAAAUGCUCAUUUCGUUCAAGUCACACUCUUCCCGAAUUCAUCCUGUCGGUCAUCCGUGCGCAGAGUCCCGGUUCGAUCUAUUUGCGCUCAAUCGGUCGCUCGAUCCAGGUCAGCCUUGCUUCCGUGCAGUCUCCGUCUCCUGUUGCUCCCGGCCAGGACUCUAUCAUGUCCGAUGACGCCUCCUCUGCGGCCGCACACUUGACUCCGUCUUCUCCUCCGGCCGCAGGUCCCUCUUCCAUGCGAACGGAUUCCUCGAACACUCUAACUCUCUCCCAGCGGGCUCAGAUUGCCUCCAUUAUGCAACAUCCAGCUCCAUCCACCCUUAUUUGUAAGCGCCCGGUUUCUUCUGCCUUUUCUGACUCCUGCCACAAGCGUGUGCACUUGCCUCCGUUCAACCGUUACUACCGAUCUCCACUCGAUGCCAGUGACAUCCGGGACUCGGUCAAUACAGGAGAUUAUGGGCCUGCUCAUAAGGCCUAUCGGGAGCUUGAGGACGCUUGCGGCCGUGCUCAGGAGGAUUUGGCGGUUCUUCGUCGGUUUUUGGAGGCGAAAGGCGAGAUGACACCACCCGAGCCCAUUCUGGAGGAGGAAUUUAAGGGACUGAACCCUUUCGCCAAAUUCCUGUAG